CCACCUCAGCAUUUACCUCAUAAAUCUAGGUGCCUUCCAGAUCAAUGACCUUCCCUCCACCAAACCGGACCAUGAGGCUCAUUCAUGCAGGGGUUCUUAUUUUCAUUGGAUUAGUCUUCUUACCAAGCACAAGUCACGGACUGGGAAUUGUAGCAGUGACCAAGAAAACAUGUCUGAAGGUGCAAAAAACUAAAGUCCCUAUUGGCUUGCUGAAGAGUUACAUCCGACAAACCAUCCCUAUGGAAGCAAUUCUGUUUGUUACAAUCAAAAAUAAAGAGCUGUGUGCAGACCCCACCAUGGAUUGGGUGAAAAAGGCUAUUGCUGAACUGGACAAGAUAUCCCUGAAGCAACCAAUGAAGAGGCAAGCCACCCACACCACGAGUGCCAUGAUGAAGACUGCAGGGGGCAACAGGAAAAGACCAACUAACAGAAAACAGAAGAAACAGCAAAAGAAACGUGUUACACCACAGACAGCCAACAAAACCAUUGUAACAGCCAGAACUCCCUCUGUGCUACCCUGAGGUUACAUAUUACUGAAAAUAAAACAACAAAUAUAAUGAUGACACUCAUUAUAGCUCAUUUCUUUAACUGUUCCAAAGUUAAUAAAAUAAUUAUAGAAAUAGGUUUAUGUAAAAUGUACACAAGAUGGCUGCCAGGGUUGUCAUUGAGAGACUGCUGCUUCCCAUGUAUUGAUUAACACAUAUUUGAUAUCCUUAGAUUGAUAUUAUUUUGACUUCCGUAAAGUCUAGAAGUUUGAGGAGAAUGUCCUUUGCUGCAAAUGGAGCUUCUGCAUUAUCUAUAUGUUCUGGCACUCAUACUAUUUUUUAAUUUAAAGAUGCUUUGCAUCUACAAAUAUAAUUGCUGUACACAUAUAUCAGGUGGGUAGUGAGUCUUACAUAUAUAACUUUAGCAAAGACAUGUGUAAAGGUCUACUCUGAGAGACGAAUACUGGCUCUAAACUAUGCUACUGUAUGAUUUAAGACAAAAACACUGUAAUACCGGGUGGUCUUCAGGUUGCCGACUGUCGGGAUCCCGGCGCACAGUAUACCGGCGCCGAAAUCCCGACAGCCGGCAUACCGACAACUUUUAUGCCUCUUGGAGGGUCCACGACCCCCCUGGAGGGAGAAUAAAUAGCGUGGCUUGCGUAGCGCACCACCGUGCCCGCAGCGUGGCGAGCGCAGCGUGCCCACAAGGGGCUCAUUUGUGCUCGCUAUGCUGUCGGUAUGCCGGCGGUCGGGCUCCUGGCGCCGGUAUGCUGGUCGCCGGGAGCCCGGCCGCCGGCAUACCAUACUACACCCGUAAUACCACAUGUGACCACCGGGUCAUGCUGCAGAGCACUUUUAUACUUUGAAUAGUUAAUGUACAAUGAAAGACUGCAGAGUAGGAUUUCUAGGUGUUUGAAGGGGUUCGUUAUGAUUUACCGGAAGCUGGGCCGUCAGUGUGCCGGGUGCGAGGCGAGCGCAAAGAGUCCCCUUGCGAGCUCGGUGCUCGCUGUACUCGCCACAGGUUCUAUUCCCACUCUAUGGGUGUUGUGGACACCCACGAGUGGGAAAAGUCCUGUGUGGCCGGUAAUCCAGCUGCCGGCAUUGCCAGUUGUCGGGAUUCCGGCGUCGGUAUCCAGAAUCCCGACAUCCAGUAAUUUAAACGUAUAGUAUACUGUUAGAAGGCACCAGUGCUAACCACUGCACCAAGCAGAUAUUAAUAAUGUAGCAUAAGAGUGCAAAGACACCUCUGAAACUCUGUUUGCACCUUCUACAGUUAAUGCUGAUUUUCUACUGUAUUUUUACACGAGGAGACUCUCCUUUUAGGGAUUCUACUCUUGACCUGUUAAUGUAUAUCAUAGCAACAUACAUCUGAUGAAGAUAAAUGGUAACUUGUCUUACACAUUGCCAUAAACUGACGCCUCCUGCCAGCAUCUCAAAUUCGAGUGCUGUGUAUGAAGAUGCAGCAUCGGAUCACCAUGGCGACCAUCGGUUGCGAUGCUUGCAGCAUCGGCCAUCUGAGUAAGUUUAAGCUUACUUAGAAUGACCAUCUCCUGCCCACUUGUCAGGAAAUCUGCGCCAGAAGAUGGUUGCGCCAUUCCUAGGAAAGGGAGCAGACAUGCGUUCCCCCACACCCGUUUUCUGGGAUGUAGGCAGCACUGCCCCCAAAACGGCCGCAGUAUGUCAAUUAUGCACAUGUGCAGUCCCACAAUCAUCGGGGAUGUACAUAAACCCUCGAGUUUAUGUACAUCUCUUAAUCAGGCCCCCAUGUUAAGUGUAAAAUUACAAAUGCAUUGUUACAUUAUUAAAUUAUUGACAGUAGGCUCAGCAGAUAAUAGUAGCAGAUAACAGAGGCUCCUACGAGGCACAUGUGCGCUACUCCCUGCUUUGGUGAUUAUUAGAGCAAGUGAGUAUAUGUGUCAGUUUUCUGCACUUAGUCAUAUAAACAGAUGAUGCGUGACUGUGUCGUGGUCAUCCAUUCAGGCAUACUUAGCCAUGGUCUUUGGGUUAUGUGAUGACAUUAUGUAUAAAAGAUAUGUUUGUUACAAGUGUGGUUAUCACUGCGAGCUACCACCUCCCAUUUCCCAAAUCGCUCCUCUAGCUGCAACAAGUGGUAACGCUGAGGUUCCUGGAAACUAUUGUGUUGUGUGUCACUGUGGGCCUAAUUCAAGGUUGAUUGCAAAAGCAAAAUCUUCCUCUAAUGGGCAAAACCAUGUGCAAUGCAGGUGGGGAAAAAGUAAUAUGUGCAGAGAGAAUUAGAUUUGGGUGUGGUCACAGGUGUGUGCACACUGAAAUCUAAAUUGCAGUCUAAAAAUAAAGCAGCCAGUAUUUACCCUGCACAGAAACAAUAUAACCCACCCAAAUCUAACUCUCUCUGCACAUGUUAUAUCUGCCCCCUCUGCAGUGCACAUGGUUUUGCCCAUUAGAGGGAAUUUUUUCUUUUGCAAUCAACCUUGAAUUAGGCCAUGUGUCACUAUUCUGAUUUAACCGGCCCAUAGUGAAUAUAU